CCAUCGUUCACUAAUUCUACGAUGCGGAGUUUGGAGUUUGAAAGACACUGUAUAUUGGAAGUUGAAGAUAACAUUGGAGGUUCAAUCUCUAGGUCACUUACUAAACAGUCUUCAUUUUGCGUUAUGUCUCGAUUGCUGAGGAAUUUCUCGAUCCUAAUGGCCAGUGUGCGUUAUGCUCGGAAACCUCGAUUUGUUCGUCCAUAUCUGAGAGAUAUGUACAGGAGAAGGCUUGCUCAAGGUCCGGAAGUUUAUCGUCCUAGAAGUGACUGGUUUUGAAAUCGUGACUCCGAACUAUCUGCGUUUUUGUACAGAAUUGGUGAAAAGAUUGCACUGAAUAACAUUGAUGUCAUUUUUAACAGAUCAGUCGAGAUGUUUCUCGAAAAUUCUUACUUGCUUUCCUACGCUCAGUCUAUCCCCAGUUUCCUGAAGAGUGGAUAAUGGAGAUCGUCGAACAUUUGAGUUCAAAUUCUGAGCUUGCUUAUAUAGCUGCACAUUUAGGAAUGAAAGAUAUUGUACCUUACAGUGAUCAGACGGAUUAUUCAAGCAAUAAAGUUGUGUUGGAGCCGCCAAAUUUGGAUGUACUAGCUAAUGCAUUUAUGGCUUUAAUUGGUGCUUUAGCAAAAGAUAAGUUAGAGAAAGCACAGUUAUUUAUUCGGGACUUCAUCUUGGUGCGACUUGCAGAUUUGGAUUUGACUGAAUUGGUAUCCAUUUCUGAACCUUUACCCCUACUUCAGGGCAUACUCAAAUCCCAAGGACGUGGACCGCCCGAAGCUAGGCUAAUUUACCAAUCAAGUAUGAAUACUGUUCUAGCCUGUUAUCAGGUUGGUAUCUACAGUGACCACCAGCUGGUUGGAGAAGCCCCCGGUGAAACAGUAUUAAUCGCGGAGGAAGAAGCUAUGCGACAAUCAAUAAGAAAUCACUUCAAGCUAACGGACAGUCGACCUGUUAUUCAACUGCAAGGGGACCUGAACUUAUUUGAUUUUGAAAAAUAUGGGGAACCUAACAAUUCCCUUAAUUACUACUUGGAAUUAGCUACCGAUAAUGUUUGACUAAUCAUAAAGUAGCUCCUUGAAAACUGUAUGAUUGUAUACAAAUUAAAAAAGCUCUUGUGUGCAUAAAAA